GGCUAAGACAACUGCCAAUGCCAGCUUUAAGAUCAUCAUCCUUCUCUGUGGUCUGUGUAUGAAACCAGAGAAAUUUAACAAUACUCAAAGAAAUAAAUCCUAGGCUCCUAAUUUGAUGACACAUCAGAUGACAAGCGUCCAAUUAUAAGCGGAACCUCCAGUUACGUUCUUUCUCUCGCCCAAGUUCUUCGCGUAGAAGGAAGGAAAUUUCUUGCAAAUCUUCACGCUGAAAGGAAACGAAUAUGAUUUAGCCUGAUUCCUCGCUGCGUUGGGUCACGGAAGGAAAGAAAUCUCAGGGUUGAUUAAUACCAAUAUGCUGUCUUCUUCUACUCUCCACGCGGAAACCUAACCUACCCAUGGUCGCUGAUUCUUCUCCAAAAAUAUAAUCCGUGUGAUCUCUUCGCCGUCGAAGAAAAGGAAUUGUAUAGCUACUCUAUCAAUGCAGGAAAGCCUCCAAUUUUGUCAAAAAAGGUAUUUCGGAUCUAAAAUUUUUGAAGCGUCAAAACGUGGUAUGUUUCCAAAAAUCAUAUUCAUCAAUUAUUCAAGAAUUGAGAGGAAUUAAUUUUACAUCGCUGCUAGCUCUUUAAUCUAUGUUCAAUCUCGGUUAGAAUGGUACAAAGACGAGAAUUCCAAAUUAAACCUCCAUGCCUUGAAGCUGAAAUUGGAGCAGAAAACUGUUGCUGUGCACUGCACAAAUGAUAUGCUUUUGCUCUCAAUGAAGAAGCGGUUUGGUUUCUCUUUGCAAUGUUUGUGUUUGGAGUAAUAUUUAUUGGGCAGAGAAUGCCUUGACAUUUUGGGAAAACAAAGUUUCUACACUAAGAUUGAUGGUUUUGAGGUAUGCUUUGACUCUAGGAGUUGCUUCUACCAAAUUGGACAAUCUGGCAGAGACAUCCUUCAUAUCCGGGUGUGCAUUUUUAUCCUUACUCAGACAUUGCAGCUUCUGUGAUGCUAAAAGCAAGUUCAUUGUUACUUGCAAAAGUGAUUUUUUGACUAUCGAUCUUUUCCCUGCUUUGAGAUGCUCUAGAGCCCAAUUGUGGGGUGCCAAGUCUUCCUCUUCAUGGCGGUUGCCAAGCAACUCCACAAGUAGACCACCAAAUACGUAAACGUCGGCUUUUAAAGUCCGAAUACCUGCAACAUUGAAGGAUCAUAAGCCAUACCCUGAUGCAAUGUUCUAUUUAUCACACACAAUCUUACAAAUUAAAAGAUGAGGAUAGAUGAUCUCAAUAUUAUAUUAAUUUACUCUCACUAUAUGAUUGCCCUUAAUGUGUACGAGUAAAAGUCGUUUGUCCAUCCUCUAGCUGAAACAUUUAAGUCGUCUAUCAGUUUACUUAGUUCUUCCAAUUUAUAUGCAAACGAUACCUGUUUCUAGCUGCAAAUGUAUCAUUUUGUGAUGUUCAUAUGCACUUGAAUUUUUCACUGUUGCAAAUAA